UUCAUUUUUUCUCUGUAAAUAUUGUAAUUCAAGGCCACUACUUUUGGCAGCCCUAAACUUUUUAAUUCUUCCAUAUUCUUCUUCUUAUCCGCCACCACCAUUAUACGUACUCAAAAACUCAAAUGGCAAAGUCCACUCUCUAUAUCUAUUCCUCAAAACCUCAGAUUCUGCCCUUUCAUCUUCUCUUUCUAUCCGCUCAUCCAUGGAGCUCCAAAUACCAUCCAAACCACUGGCCUCACUCAAGACUUACAACUUAACAGCCUCAUCGAUCUGCUAUGUAAAACCUACCACCAUAGCUAAUACCAUUUUGCCUUUCUUCCUCUUCAAACCCUGCACUGCAACUCCACCAAUUUGUAUUCUCCAGGAUGUGUCUUUCACAGCCUGUCCAUCUGAAAUCCUUGCCAUUGUUGGCCCCAGCGGAGCUGGAAAAUCCACUCUACUCGACAUUUUAGCUGCCCGCACUUCCCCAACCACUGGCACUCUCCUCCUCAAUUCCUAUCCUAUCAACCCUUCAUCGUUUCGCAAGCUCUCUGCUUAUGUCCCGCAGCACGAUGCAUGUCUGCCUUUGCUCACUGUUUCUGAAACCUUCACCUUCGCUGCUCGACUUCUCCACCCAAAAUCAUCCGAAAUAGCUAAUAUUGUUGGCUCUCUUCUCAAUGAGCUCAACUUAAAGCACUUGGCUGACGCCCGGCUAGCUCUUGGCCUGUCAGGCGGUGAACGUCGACGCGUUUCAAUAGGGCUGAGCCUCCUCCAUGACCCUGCGGUCUUACUUCUCGAUGAACCCACUUCGGGCCUUGAUAGUAAAUCAGCUCUUAAUGUGAUGCAAACCCUCAAGUCCAUUGCCACAUCACGUUAUCGUACUGUGAUUUUGUCCAUUCACCAGCCCAGCUUCAAGAUCCUUUCUACCAUUGAUAAAAUACUUUUGUUAUCCAAAGGAACUGUCGUUCACCAUGGAACGCUUUCUUCCCUGCAAAGUUUCUUGCUCUCUAAUGGCUUUACUGUCCCUCCUCAGCUCAAUGCCCUUGAAUAUGCCAUGGAAAUAUUAAAUCAGCUCCCAGAGAGUAAACCACGUACACAACCAUCUCUCCUUUCAUCCCCAGAUGCAAAUGCCAGAAUUCCUGAUUCUAGUAACAAAGCAAGAGACAUCAGAUAUAGGAGCUCAAGACUCCAUGAAAUCCUUGUUCUUUAUAAUAGGUUUUGGAAGAUUAUUUACAGAACAAGACAGCUUUUGUUGACAAAUACACUGGAAGCUCUUAUUGUUGGUCUUGUUUUAGGAACCAUCUAUAUCAACAUUGGAUUCGACAAGCAAGGAAUUGAAAAGAGGUUUGGUCUCUUUGCCUUCACUCUCACCUUUCUUCUCUCUUCCACAACUGAAACACUCCCAAUCUUCAUCAGUGAAAGGCCAAUUAUACUAAGAGAAACUUCAAGCGGGGUUUAUAGACUCUCCUCUUAUCUAGUAGCAAAUACUCUGGUCUUCUUACCAUACUUGCUUGCAAUCGCUAUCAUAUAUUCUGUGUCGAUAUAUUUCUUAGUGGGUCUUUGCGCUUCCUGGCAAGCUUUUGCUUACUUUGUUUUGGUCAUAUGGGUCAUCGUCUUGAUGGCAAAUUCAUUUGUUCUGUUCUUGAGCUCACUUGCACCAAAUUAUAUAGCUGGAACUUCUCUGGUGACAAUACUUCUUGGGGCUUUCUUUCUCUUCUCUGGCUAUUUCAUUUCACAGGACAGCAUGCCCAAGUACUGGCUUUUCAUGCACUUCUUGUCUAUGUAUAAGUAUGCUCUAGAUGCCCUUCUCAUCAAUGAGUAUUCUUGCCUUGUAAGUAAGUGUUUCCUGUGGUACGAUGAGACCCAUACUUGUAUGGUGACUGGAGGCGAUGUGUUGCAGAAGAGAGGAUUGCAAGAGAGUCAUAGAUGGAUUAACAUCUACAUUUUGAUUGGAUUCUUCGUCUUCUAUCGUGUGCUUUGUUUGUUAGUCUUGAUCAGAAGGGUUUCAAGAUCCAAAAAGUAAAACCCAGUUUAAGUGAUGCAAUAUUAUUUCAUCUUUUUUGUUUCAAAUAUACUUUUUGCUGCUUCUUUUUUUUUUUUCCCCUUUAUUUUGGUUCUGUUUGUUGCAAAUCGAAGCUCCUGUAAUGGUUUCUCGAGCUUCAUUAGUUUGUUUAAAAAAAAUAAAAAUAAUAGCAUGCAAGUUCAGUUCAAAGAUUA